GGCAAACGAAGAUCGCCAUAGGAUUCUUAGUGCUCACUUCCAGCCUCUUAGAAUGAGCUUCUCGUGUGCCACUCCCCUCGUGCGCAGGGGUGCCGCUCCAAGGUCAUGCUACACACUCGUCCGCCUUCGAAAACCAACACCGCGAUCGACGAAGGCCUUUUCAACCAGUUUACGACGAGAUGAUACUUGGGGAUUUAUUGGACUGGGACAGAUGGGAUACAACAUGGCCAAGAACCUCCACGCAAAGAUCCCACCAUCAGAUAUACUUAUUAUUCGGGAUGUGAACGAGGAAUCGACAGCACGAUUUGUUCGAGAGGCUCGGGAUACAGCCAAGAGCUCUGGCGCCAGCAAUGUCCUGCCAGAAGUUAUAGUUGCUGAUAAUGCAAGGGAAAUCGCGGAGAAGUCGAAUGUGAUAAUCACUAGUCUUCCGGAACCCCAGCACGUCAAGGAUGUUUUUUAUUCAAUGCUUCGUCAAGGCACCCUACCCGCCCUAGAAAAAGAGCGAAUUUUUAUCGAUACGUCGACAAUCGAUCCGGCUUCUACCAAGGAGAUUGCGAAUGCGAUCCAUUCGACUAAUCAAGGGCGGUUUGUCGACGCACCCGUCUCAGGCGGAGUUGUGGGCGCUCGCGCUGGUACUCUAUCUUUUAUGUUUGGAGCAUCCUCUCGAACAGGAGAGCUAGUGGAGCGAGUCAAAGCCAUUCUGUUACUCAUGGGCAAAAAGGCAUGGCACAUGGGCGGGGCUGGAACUGGCGUCUCAGCGAAACUCGCUAACAACUACAUUUUAGCGAUCAAUAACAUCGCGACGGCGGAGGCUAUGAACCUGGGAAUGCGCUGCGGACUUGACCCCAAAGCUCUGCAAGAUUUGGUUAGCGCGUCCACCGGCAGAUGCUGGCCGAUGGAUGUCAACAAUCCCGUUCCCGGCGUUGUGGAGGGUGCGCCAGCCUCCCGUGAUUACGAGGGCGGGUUUGGCAUUAGUCUCAUGAAUAAGGACUUACGACUAGCCCUCACAGCUGCGAAGGAGUCUGGUACUCCUUUGGCGCUGGCUGAGGUGGCUCGCGUUGUAUAUAACGUGGUGGAAGCUGAACACCGUGGGAAAGACUUUUCUGUGGUGUAUAAAUGGAUGCGGGACCAGUCACACCCACAAUGAUGGCAUGAUACUGACACUGCGUUUUGUUUUUCGAAAGAUAUGCCACUUGAUAUCAGUCGCCGGAGUUUGGUGUCUCCCUUUGGCUCUUCUCUCCUCUGCUGCAUCAUACUCUGGAAUAGACGUCAGGAAGUUUCAUACCUAGCUGUCUUUGAAAGAUAUUUGAAAGGUUGUCUAGA